CAAUUGACGAGAAAUUACGAUUGGGCAACCUAACCUCAAUUGUACAUCCCGUUCAGCAAUGAAUAAUCUCCCCAAAAAUUACGAUCUUGAGACACAUUUCAGUAAAAAAAACUCACGAUUUCAGUAAUCGUGAAUAAAUCAAGAUGGAGGAAUAUAUUUAAGCAGCAUCUACUGCCAUAAAUUAAAUAUUUGGAUGGCCACUGCAUCAUGGCUUCCCGAACCCGACUUUAUCGGCUUUUUUGUGGGCGGCAAAUUGUCAGUUUUGUUCGGCUGAGCUGACCCGGUAACGACUUGUUGGGACUCAUUCGCGUGUUCUGAACUGUGUUGAUAUUAAAAGUCGAUUGACUAAUCAGGACAACGCAAUUUUUAACAGUUUGAAGUGUUUUAUCAGCGAUAAUUGUCAUCAGAAUGUCUGAGCAAAGAUCCAAUUUACCGUGGGUGGAGAAAUACCGGCCCGCCACUCUUGAUGAUUUGAUAUCGCACGAGGAUAUCAUAAAGACAAUUAACAAAUUCAUCGAUGAGGAUCAAUUGCCACAUCUACUUCUGUAUGGACCACCAGGUACAGGAAAAACCAGUACUAUUCUUGCCUGUGCCAGGAAACUCUACACUCCAGCUCAGUUUCAGUCAAUGGUCCUGGAGUUGAAUGCUUCAGACGACAGAGGAAUUGGCAUUGUCAGGGGUCAGAUCCUGAGUUUUGCGAGCACGGGAACUAUGUACAGAUCAGGAUUCAAGUUAAUUAUAUUGGAUGAGGCUGACGCCAUGACCAACGAUGCUCAAAACGCGCUGAGGAGAAUCAUGGAAAAAUACACAGAUAACGUGAGAUUCUGCAUAAUCUGCAACUACCUCAGUAAAAUCAUUCCCGCACUCCAGUCGAGGUGUACAAAAUUCAGAUUCGGUCCACUGUCGUCUGAUCAGAUAAUGCCGAGGCUCGAGCAUGUAAUCGAGAAAGAAAAUCUGACAGUGAGCGAAGAUGGAAAACACGCUUUGAUGACCCUCAGCGGUGGUGACAUGCGAAAAGUCCUGAAUGUACUUCAAAGUACCUGGCUAGCUUACGGUUCAGUGACCGAGGAAAAUGUCUAUAAUUGCGUGGGCCAUCCCCUCCCCAGCGACAUAAAAAACAUAAUGAACUGGCUGCUUAACGAGUCUUACACGUCAGCAUAUAAUAAAAUUCAAGAUCUGAAGAUAAGGAAGGGUCUGGCCCUCCAGGAUAUUCUGACGGAGCUCCACGUUUUCCUGAAUCUAAUUGAAUUCCCCGACGACAUCAUGAUUGACCUUGUGAUCAAGGUGGGGGCCAUUGAGAAACACACUGUAGCUGGAACCAGUGAGUCAGUCCAACUGAAUUCCCUCGUAGCUGCCUUUCAGACCGCCCGAGACAUCGAAGUGAAGUGAUUAAUUAAUAAACAACUACGAAUCAAUAUCACCUGCAUCAAUCAUGAAGGAACCUUUCUGGCUGGAAAAAAUAGAAAAAAAAUUAUAAUGAAAUUUCUCCUCGUUCUUUUUACCCAUUCGUGAGAAAUAAGUACAACGCAAACAAUGGGAGGGGAUAAGCUGAUAGUAUCUCGGCGCCUGGCUGUUUAGGAGCCGUUCGGGCCUCAAGUGGAACACCCCGAUAAUAGUCAGACGGCUCUAGUCUCCAUCAGAUACACUUAAUAACCGCGGAAAAUAAAAAAAAGGUCAUCAGAAAAAUCCAUAAUCCAAUAUUAUUUCUGGAGAAGCUUGUUACAGGAUUGGAAAUAAAUUUAUCACUCCACAAAUAACAAAUUAAACGGAAACAUUAUGGAAUUAGUUCAUCAACUCUGUAUGAUCCAGACGCCUAUUUUUGCUCCCAUUUUAUUUCGUACACGAGCCACCGGCGGUUGCGGUUUGAGAGUUUUUUUUUUUGAGAUUUUCGGAAUUUAAAAAAUCUUGAUAAUUCUUGGCAGAAAUAAACUUUAACUGUUACUAGUGUUUCAACACUUUGUUGUAAAAAUUCUGCUCUAUACCAAUCUCUUCAAAUAAAAUAAUUUCAAAAUUGAUAAGUCAGCGUUAUUUCUGAAGACAUUCAUUAUAAAGACAGAAAGCACGUAAUCAUUCGAAAUAAAUAAAUAAAUGAAAAUUAUGAAUCUUAUUAAUUAAAUCUGGCAAAGCCGAUCUCUCAGUUCUGUUGAGUUAGCGUUUUAUUUCGCAAACGGGCCAUUGUGGGAAAUAUUUUAAGAGGAUUUUUGUUGAAUGUCAUUAAAUUCAAUACAACAAAGGCCUUUUCAUAUUUUCUUUUGAAACAACCCAUUGCGGGCAUAAUUCCAAAUGUAACAAAGGAUUGAAAACCUUGUGGAUUACAAGACGCUGGGGAAAUGUUUCUCGAUUUACCAUCUUUAUCAUAAUCGCAAUUUUUAAGUGUCGCGACUGAGCAGUCGUUCUUCUCAAAAGGAAAAAAAAACUAAUAGGCAAUUUAUUUUGUCGGACCUUAAUACAUACCAUUUUGUACUAUUUUAUUCUUAAUCCAAAUAAAGGGACAAUAGAAGCGA